UGUUUCUCAGCUUUGUGGAGAUGACAUUUGAAUUUAACACUCAUCAUGUCUGUAGCUCUGUGGUUUUAAGGCCUACCACCAGUUUUAAGCGUACUGAGGUGGUGGGAGCCACAAACUAUCUAAGGCCAUGAGAGCAGAGGCUAAAGGGUAGCAGUGUUUCUAGUCACUGGUUCCCAGACCGGAUAUUGCUUUCAUAGUGGGAAUUUUAAACCACACCAGGUAGCGGAUUCAAGGGGAGAACAGAGUGGGGGAGUCUUUGUAAAUAAGAUACUUGACCAUGGGGAGUAGAGCUGAGAGAGAAGAAGGAGCUUCACCUCACACGUCCCUUCUUGCUCAAGCACCACAUGGGUAACAUUUUUAUUGUACAAACUGGGAAUUCGCUUGUUGAAUCUAAGAGUGUGGUUCUCGUAAAAAUCAAGUGGUCUAAUCAGUUCUAUUAGUUAAUUUAUUUUUAUUUUGAAUGUUUGAACAUGGUAAUUGUUCAGUUUGGGGGAAAUCAAGGAAAUAUAGUUAAAAAGCAAGGGAGGAAGAAGUGAUUAAAGCCAUUUGUCUUUCAGGUGACCAGAGUGAGAGGAUGAAAAAUCAAAUUAAGCAGAUGAUGGACGUUUCUCGGACCCAAACUGCAAUAUCGGUGGUUGAAGAGGAUCUAAAACUUUCACAAGUUAAGCUUAGAGCGUCGAUGUCCACUGAGUGUAACCUGAAAGACCAAAUAAAGAAAUUAGAAGAUGAUCGCAGUUCCCUGGAGGCUGCCAAAGCUGGACUAGAGGAUGAGUGCAGCACCUUGAGGGAGAAAGUGGAGGUUCUGAACGAGCUCUAUCAGCAGAAGGAGAUGGCUCUGCAGAAGAAGCUGAGUAAGGAGGAGUUUGAGCGGCAGGAGAAGGAGCAGCGGCUGUCAGUCGCAGACGAGAAGGUGGUGCUGGCGGCCGAGGAAUUGAAAACUUACAAGCAGAGAAUUGAAGAAAUGGAGGAUGAAUUACAGAAAACCGAGCGCUCAUUUAAAAACCAG